CCCAUCCAUCCAUCUAAUCCUCCCAGCCGCCGCCACUCACUCUCCCUGGUUUCUCGGGAGCUUGUCCCAUCGCCGCUGAUUCCCUCCUUCAUCGGGAUCCCCAUCCCACCAACCACCACAGCCGAGCGCCUCCACCUUGCUUUUAGCGCCACCCAACCAGAUCGCAACCUCCUUCUCCUCUUGCCGAGCCACCACACCCGCAGCCUCGCUGCCGCGAGCCUCCUGUCCUGAUCGCGCAGGCCUCCUCGUUCCUCCAUCCCGCGCAGGAGCUCGCUCCCGAGCUCAGCUGCGUUCACGCCCGAUCACCGCGCUCCUGGAUCCUACCGACCCCGUGCACCAUGAGCUCCCUCACAUGGUGCCCUUGUGCACCGGGCUCUUCAACAACCCCUGCGUCGCCCACGUCAAGCCGCCGCCGCGCCAGUCGCCAAGCCACGCCGCCGGAGCACCAGGACUCUCCCGCACCUCGUCGCCGAUCGGAACCGUGCCUCCUCCGCCGUCCCCGCGCUGCACUCCACUGCUGCUUCCCCUGCGACCCGAGAGCGUUGCCUCCUCUGCUUCGAUGCAGGAGAACGACGGCCUCGCUCAUGCGCACCUCCAGCGCCAGCAGGGCUGCGCCGAUCCGCUGUCCCAAGGCCAAGCAGCCGGCUUGCCCUGCGCCUGCCUCCCCCAGAUCAGCGUUGAGCCGGCGCCCUUCGGUCCCCGCGCUGCCGGCGAGCAUCAUUAGGCCCCAGUGCACAGGAAGUGCUCCGCCGUCGUUGCUGUUCGCCGGAGCACCGGUGCCCCGAAUCCGUCGUGGCGCUGCCGUCCCGAGCUCCUCCCGCGCCCUUGCCUUGUCUGUGCAGCUGCGCCGCUGCCUGCCUUCGACCCCACUGCUCGAUCCCCUGCUUCAAGGACGAGACGAUGGACGCCCGCGCCGUGCGUUGACCUCGCCAGCAAGGCCCAGCGCCUGCGUCCAGCCGACCGGGCCAGGCCCAAUGUUCGGUUUUGUUCCGGAGUUGUGAGGAUUCGUUCGACUACGUCUGUUUGUCUUCUUCAUGGACUCGUUCUUCUUCCUUGCGGGAUCUCAGGCAAGAUGACCAUACCCUCG